AUGGUGAGCUCCAAAUUGCUCGUCCUCUCCAGCGGGUUGGCCAGUGCUGCUGUUCUAGACCCGAGACAGGCAACCACUGCCUCUGGCGAGACCACAGCUUCUGCUACAGAGCCAUGGUACUACCAAACCACUCCUGAACUCUUCGCUGGUCCUACAACGACCGGAUUGAUUGCGCCCUUUCUUGCUCAGACGAAUCCUGCGCCGUGGGGUGCAGGGGCAUCAUAUGUCCCCAAUGCGCCUCUGGAGACCAAUGUCCCCAUCCAGGGAAACACCAACAACCAGAGCAUCUUCCAGUUACACGGCCAACUAAGCUCGUACUUUCCCAACCCUAUUGGUUUUGGCUCGAACGAGUAUCCCUUACCGCCGGGGGCAAACAUCUCGACAGUCCAUGUAUUGCACCGGCACGGAUCCCGUUACCCGACUGGAACAUCAUCAGUUGCGAGCUUCGGAAGCAAGAUUCAGAACAUCACAGCUAAUGGAACGGCGAAGUGGACAGGGGAUCUCAGCUUCUUGAACAGCUGGAAGUACAACCUUGGCGCUGAGAUCCUGGUCGCCCGCGGCCGGCAGGAGCUGUUCGAUGCCGGCGUCUUGUUCUAUUACGACUAUGGCGCGCUUUACAACACAUCCACCAAGAUCAUUGCCAGAACGACUACCCAGGACCGAAUGCUGAAGUCGGCCGAGUACUUCAUGGCGGGUUUCUUCGGCCUCGAAUGGACCCAGAAUGCCAGCUUGGUGCCCAUCAUUGAGCAGAACCUUUUCAACAUCACCCUUGCGGGCUACAUGAACUGCAACAACAGCAACAAUUAUCUCUCUACUGGUGGCAACAACGCAUCGGUCAUCUGGGAGAACAUCUACCUUGCUGACGCCACAAAGAGACUCAAGGCUCUAGCUGGUGGCUACAACUGGACAGUGGCGGAUAGCUACAACGCGCAAACGCUCUGUCCAUACGAGCACGUCGCGUUUGGAUAUUCUCAAUGGUGUGACCUAUUCACAUAUGAGGAAUGGCAAGGCUUCGAGUACAGCAUCGACCUACAGUUCAACGGCAACAACGGCUUCGGCUCGCCGACUGGACGGGCUGUCGGUAUUGGCUACGUUGAGGAGUUGUACGCACGCUUGCAAGGCCAUCUGCCUAACGUGCCACCGGGGACGACCCAAAUCAAUACGACAAUGGUAGCAAGUACCGCGACCUUCCCACUGAAUCAAACGUUGUACUUCGACUUCUCCCAUGAUACGAACAUAAUGUCAAUCAUCACAGCUUUUGGCCUAAAGCAGUUUGCUCAGCCACUGGGCCCGACUGGGCCGCCCGCGAACCAGCAGUUGAUUGUGUCGCACACCACACCCUUCGGUGCUCGCAUGGCAAGUGUCUGGGAGAUAAUCCACACUCCUCAACCGCUCAAGGCGAUCCGUCCAACCAGCUCCAACGCCACCGCUUCAGACUAUUACACCAACGGCACCGCAACAACCUAUAUCCACCUCACCAUCUCCCAACGCACUGUUCCGCUUUAUAAAUCCUAUCCACAAUGCGAAGAACGGGACGAUGGGUGGUGCGAGCUUUCCACGAUCCUGCAGAUCUGGGGUGGCCUGCUCGACCAGGCAGAAUACGAUUACAGCUGCAACGGAAAGUAUCCUGCUGUUGCACCCGGCAACAUCACAAACGGGGUGCCGAUCUCCAAGAGAAGUCUCGGCAGACGGUUUGGCUCUGGCCUGGAGUUUUACGAAAGCAGCGAUCGCUGGGUUUUGUAG